GGUACUGGCGUGUGACGUCACCCCAAACCAGGAAGUACUUUCUCUAGCAUCGGCGAUGAGACCUGUCCUGAACAUAAAUGGCAAAAUAAUGGUUGAGUUUUACACAUCUUAACACACCGCCCUUACAAAGUCACUGUAAGUAGUCUUCCAAUCUUUUUAAACAAAUUAAGCUAGUCAACGCUCGUAUCCGGCAGAUAGCACCGUGGCAUGUGGAGCAGCUAAAUUGCACAACAGGGUGUUGACUUUCUAACAUGGGUUGGGGUUCGUCUUAGUGGGCUUUUUUGGUGUAACUGCACAGUAAAGCACUAUUCCGAGGCUCCGUGUGUGUGUGUAAGAUGCGUAAAUGUGUCGCCUGGAGGCAUUUUGGCAAUCAACUAGGCAUUUGCAUUGUUCCGUUACUGAAAAGCUCGUCGGUAUGCAACCUGGUGAGUUUUUCCACGUACAUUAUGUUGUACGGUCAAACCAAACAGUAGGUAAGUCUAAGAUUAAUUUAGUUUUUUCUGCUGCUUGCUUGACCGAAAAGAUAUUCCCUAAAAAAGCUAUACCAAGUAACCCACUGCAGUACGGUACUGGACUUUAAAAAGUUCCGUAUUAAUCCAUAUGGUUAUUAAUGUGGCGUAAACUGCACCAUAUUGUGUCGACAUUACUUUUAUUUUUAAGAUUUACUUUUAUUUUUUUAAUGAACGUCUCUUUGACAAUCGACAGUACGAAAGUAGUUAAGGGGGUUGUAAGUCACAUGACCAAAAAGCAGCGGCGUAUUCAUUUGGGGGGUGCCAAGGCACAUCCAGUCAUUGGGUCCCUCCACUACGACAGAGUAUUAGGGCCACAUUGACAAAAAAAUAAAAAUAAAUCGGAGAUUUCGAGAAUAAGGUCGUAAACUUCAGCGAAUAAACUCUGAAAUUUACGAGAAAAAGUCAUAUUACCUGUUACAGCAGAGUAUUAAAAUGAUCAGAGAUUUCGAGAAUAAGGUGGUAAAUUUCUGCGAAUAAACUCUGAAAUUUAUGAGAAAAAAGUCAUAAUAUUAAAGUCGUAACUUAACGAGAAAAAACUGGUAACUUGAUGUUACAGGCGUUGGGGGGACUUAUGUGACCUUUGGCCUUGGGCAUGUGGAGAGGGUGGGGUAAGGAAGGCGUAAGUGAGAAGGGCUAGCUAGACAUGCUAAUCUGUUUGCAUUCAACUGCUCAAAGUCCUUAAAAUCCCCCUGGGAGAUUAUUAUUACCUAAGAAGUGAAUCAUCUCAAUGCCAUCCAUCCAUCUUUUACCGCUUAUCUGAUGUCAGGUCACAAGGGCAGCAGCCUAAGCAGGGAAGCCCAGACUUCCCUCUCCCCAGCUACUUUGUCCAGCUCCCCCCGGCAGAUCCCGAGGUGUUCUCAGGCCAGUUGAGGUCCUGAGUUCCUGGGUCUUCCUCGAGGCCUUCUACUGGUUGGACGUGCCCUGAACACCUCCCCAGGGGGGGCGUCCGGGAGGCGGUUCUACUCCGAGUUUCUCCCGGAUGACAGUGCUUCUCACCUUAUCUCUAAGCCCAGCCCCCUUACUGAGAAAACUCAUUUUGGCCGCUUGUAACCACCAUCUUGUUCUUUCGGUCACUACCCAAAGCUCAUGACCAUAGGUGAGGGUAGGAACGUAGAUCGACCGGUAAAUUGAGAGCUUUGACUUUGGGCUCAGCUCCCUCUUCACCACAACAGACCCAUGUAGAGUCUGCAUCACUGCAGACGCCGCACCAAUCCGCCUGUCCAUCUCGCGUUCCAUCCUUCUCUCACUACUUCAACACAUGGGGCAGGAUCUCAUCCCCGACCCAGAGAUGGCACUCCACCCUUUUCCGGACGAGAACCAUGGACCCAUCCGCUUCCCACUCGGCUGUAAAGCGAUCCAGUGAGAGUUGCAGAUCACAGAUAUUGGACAUUGAAAUUUUGUGUUAACCAUUUUUCAUUGACCGGUGAAUUUAGCGACGGUGCCUAAUGGUAUGUACUAACUACAUCAGCACGAGCUGACGAACAGCCGCCAUAUGAUCUUCCGAUCCCGGGGACGAACUGCCAAACUGUCUGGCUGGAUGUGGAAUGUCUGCUGAAUACCCAACUUGAAACCAACUUCAGCUCGCAGUGCAACAAUGUCUCCUGAUGAGCUGGUGUACUUGGGAAUCCUAGCAGCCUCCAUCCCUGUUGGAUUCCUAUUCCGUUGCUUCAGUCCUCCAGUAAAGCAAGGGGCAGCGCUGCUUAUGGGUCUGUCCAUUACCAUCGCCACUUGCCAUGUACACACACUCCACUCUCUGGUGACGGUGACUGGAACAUGGAUUAUUAUCAAAAGCAGCUGGAGGCUCGCCCCUGGAUUGAGUCUCUUCUGGACCUUCCUCUACCUCCUCUUCUUCCGGCUGGUCACAUGGUUUGGUCUCCCGCCACCAACACCGUUUGCCAACGCCGUCCAGCUCCUUCUCACCCUAAAGAUGGUGAGCCUGGCCAACGAGGUGCACGCUUUCCACACAGAGAAGAAAAAGGAAGUGAGCUCCUUCGCAAGGACCUCUGUGAUUGGUUGUCUGUCCAGAGAGCCCUCGCUGUAUGACAUACUGUCCUACAGCUACUGUUAUGUUGGUAUCAUGACAGGUCCGUUCUUUCGCUUCCAAACGUACUCUGACUGGCUGCGGCAGCCGAGUCCGCUGGCCUUACCCGGCUGGAUGCCAUGCCUGCAGCGGCUAAAGCUGGUGCCCGUCUUUGGCGCUCUCUUUCUGGCUGUCAACUCCUUCUUCCCUCUGGCUUACGUGCGCACUGACGACUUCCUGGAUCACAGCGUCUUCUUCAGAUUUUUCUACAUGAUAGCGGUGUUCUUCGUGUUCAGGAUGCGUUUCUACGCAGCGUGGUGUGGCGCCGAGGCCGGCUGUAUCAGUGCAGGUCUCGGCUGCUAUCCAGAACGGGCUCAAUGCAAACCUGGCGGGGGGCCCACCCUCAGCUACAGCGCCGAUCCGUCUGCUGAGGAGCGAUACGACUUUAAAACUAUCCAGAACAUCGACUGCUACAACACGGACUUCUGUGUGAAGGUGCGACACGGCAUGCGUUACUGGAACAUGACGGUGCAGUGGUGGCUGCAUCACUACAUCUACCCCAACGCCCCCUUCAGGUCCUACACGCUCAGGGCCGGGUGGACCAUGUUCAUCAGCGCCUACUGGCACGGACUCCACGCCGGAUACUACCUCUCCUUCCUCACCAUCCCACUGUGCAUUGCCGCAGAGUCGGCCAUGGAAGGGUCCGUCCGAGCCCGGCUGGGCCCUCAUGGUCAGACCGUCUUCGACUGGGUCCACUGGUUCCUGAAGAUGCGAGCCUACGACUACAUGUGCAUGGGCUUCGUGCUGCUCAAGGCCUCCGACACCAUCAACUACUGGUCGUCCAUCUACUUUGCGGUGCACGUGGUGGCUGUGGGAUGCAUCGUAUUGGGCAGGGCGCUGAAGGGAGGCAGGAAAAGAGACAAAGGGGAGAAGAGGGAGGUAGAUCAAACUACAAAUGGAGAUAAAACGGACUGAAUGCAGCUGAUUGGAGGUCUUUCUUUCCCACAGGUCCAAUAAUGUGUCAUUUGAAUGUGAAAAUCUGACAUGUUUGUUGUUCUUGUUUUUAAUAGUAGUCCUAUGACAUGCAGAUCAAUCCUUAAAAACUAUUGUGGCUUUUUUUUUUAAUUAUUUUUGUGACACUCCCUGUUUAUGUUGCAAGCUGUAUGUCGUCCAGCCAAUAAUUGUUCAUUUUUUACCCUUUUACAUGUUUUUAUACACAGCAUUUGUCUUGACAACACUUUAUUUUUUUAAAUGUUUGUCUUAUUUUCUGUUAUGUCUACUAUAUUGGGAAGAGGAGUCUAAAGGCGACUAUAGGGGUGUUAUUACAUGUAUAGAAGGCUCUAAUGAUGUUAAAAAGCAUAUUUAGAAGGUAGUAAACAAGUUUUCUAUGUCUUAUUUUAUCUUAUUAUGUCUACUAUAUUGGGAAGAGGAGUGUAAAGGCGACUAUAGGGGUGUUAUUACAUGUAUAGAAGGCUCUAAUGAUGUUAAAAAGUAUAUUUAGAAGGUGGUAAACAGGUUUUCGAUGUCUUAUUUUGUCUUAUGUCUACUAUAUUGGGUAAUAUGAGCGUAAAUGUGACUAUUGGGGUGUUUUUCCAUGUCUGGAGGGCUCUAAUGUUAAAAAGUAUAUUUAGAAGAUGGUAAACAGGUUUUCUAUGUCUUAUUUUCUCUUAUGUCUACUAUAUUGGGUAAUAGGAGUGUAAAGAUGACUAUCGGGGUGUUUUUUCAUGUCGAGAGGGCUCUAAUAAUGUUAAAAAUGUUCAAUUUCAACCCUACUCACAGAAAUUCACUUAGCACGGUUGGGUGUGGAGCCAAUUCACCGCGAUGAGGGACAACUUUACACAGCAUUUGUUUAGCUUUUGCUUAGCUGCAGCUUGACAACACAAACACACUUGUGAAUGUGUGACAAAUGUCUCCCCCCCCCUUAAACCAGUGUAAUUUGUUGUAUAGCGCAUUUCCCCUAUACAUGUGGUGCUUUGCGAUUGUUUAUGUUUAUAUGAUACUGGUUCAAUAUUACAAUGUUCCACAUAAUCACUC